AGCUUUGAGGCGAGAGGCAGCUCCCUUCAUUUCCUGGCCAUGGCGGCUGCUUCUGGCAAGACUCGGCUUCAGCAGCUCUUCCAGUCCUACGAUACCUCGGGUGAUGGCACCCUCUCGGUGGAGGAGAUGGAACAAGUCUUCGAGGCGUUGGGGAUCAAGGGCUCCUCGUAUAUCUUCAAGAAGGCAGACAAAAACAAGGACGGCCAGCUGCAGGUGCACGAGUUCAUCGCUUGGUUGACCAAGAAGGACCCAAAGGUCUCUAUCGAGGAGAAGGUGAGCGGAGGAGCUGGCAGCAUUGAGGCCACCGUGACAAACACGAACACAAAAAUGGCAAAGAAGUUCUUUUUCAAGUUCACCAAGUGUGAAAACGUCGAGUUCUCGGAGGGCAGAACCGUGAGCAUGGUCUUGCAACCCGGCGAACAGAAGACACAGCGCUUGCUAACUGUGACUGGAGAGCCGUGCAACUACGCCUAUGAGCUGGCGACCCGCGCAGAAUAUUCAGGGCUUCCCGACGAUCCAGAUGCUUUCAAAGACUCCGAGUUCCCCCACGAUGUCUCCAGUGUGAAGGGCCAGCAAAAAGAGUUCCCAGUAGACCUGUGGGUCCGUGCCCGGAUGCUGGGAGAUCCCAAUGAGGCGACGCUCUUUGAUGAGAUUAAGCCCCAGGACAUCAAGCAGGGCAUGCUUGGCGACUGUUGGCUGAUGGCCUCCUUUUGUGCAAUGGCCAGCCAUCCAAAGUUAGUCAAGAAGUUGUUUGAGUCGAAUUUCUUGACGCAGGACGGCAAAUACACGGUUUGGCUCUAUGAUGCUGGACCACACCAAUGGGUUUCUUUCGUCCUCGAUGAGUUUGUGCCUUGCAGGCUUGUGAACGGCAAGCCCAGGCCCAUGUUCGCAAAGCCCAUGGGAGAGGAGAUUUGGGCGCUCCUGCUGGAGAAGGCGUUCGCAAAGUUCUGCUACAGCUACGGCAAGCUGCAGGGUGGCAAUUCAUGGUAUGCUUUACAAGCAAUGACUGGUGCCAAGAACAUUGUGGUUUACUACUUUCACAAAGCGACUCAGAGGUGGAAGCCAAAGUACUUGAAGGAAGACUGGGCCAAGGGGCAGUCUGAGAAUGCGCGGGGUCACCGCUACAACUACAAGUCCUGGACUUUUGCUCAGGACAUUCUGAAGACCAACGAAGAUCUUUGGGAGACCCUGAAGAAGUAUGGCACGGACAAGUACCUUAUGGGCUGCAACUUUUCAGGGGCCAAUGCGGAGGCAAAGAAAAAGGGGAUUGUUGUUUGGCAUGUGUAUUCUGUGGUUCACAUCAUGGAGGAGAGUUGCGAUGAUGGGCAAGUCGUGCGGCUGAUCCAGCUACGAAAUCCUUGGGGCCGAAAAGAUUGGACAGGCGACUGGGGCGACCGCUCCUCGCAAUGGAAGGAGAAUCCUUUGCUUCACGAGCGCCUGGCACCACUCAUGGAGGGGGGGGGCAAUGAUGGGAAGUUCUUCAUGUGUUGGGAGGAUUGGGCCAAGAGCUUCAACGAAGUGACCGUUUGCCCCAUCGGCUUUCGGGUGGAGGUGGAUGGUGAGCAAGAAGAAGCCCGGGAAGCCGAAGACGAAGAGGAGCAGCAUGAGCGGGAAUUUCUCGAGUCGGACGAUGAGGGCGACUGGGUCGCCUGGUAAUCCCGGCUGAAAUCCAUCUGAAUGUGUUUUAUUGCUUCACCUUUCAAAACUGCACGGUUCAAAUGGUUGCUACCCGCUGGUGUCCUUUUCAGAUCACGUUGGUUAG